GUCAUAUAGGCGGUCGACGCAGGCGACGAUGACAACGACGCUCACCCUUGUCUCCCUUCUGGGGUCGUCUCCGUCGUCCGCGUUCGCUCUGGCUUAUGCCCUUCCCCUUCUCUUCCUAUCUAUCUUGCUCACUUUCGCGGGCACUUUCCUUACGCUUGAUCGCACGCGCUCGUUCCCCCAUCCCAGUUAUAAGGCGAUACCCGGUUCUCUGGAUGCUCUGAAGAGGAGGAUAACGUUUGCGCUAGAGGGGGGCGCUGGGGGGCUCGCAAUCGGGUACUCGUUCGGAGUGCAAUUCGCGACUUUCCUUGCUGUCUGUAUCCCUUCCCUUACAAGUGCCUCCCCACUCUCUUCAAAGUCCUUCAUUGCCGUAUGGCUCUUGCCCAGCGUCGUAACAACACUCUUGGGCGGACGAUGGAAAUACUGUGCCCUCGUAUUCGCAGGCAUCACUGGCGGCGCCACCUUCGCUCUCGGCAUCUCCGUCAUCAUCCAUCCCAACCUCCUCACCCGCGUCGUCCUCACCGCCAUCCUCGUUCCCCUUAGCACCAUCCUCACUCUCCUCCCCUUCGAGCGCUCACAACGCCCCGCCAUGCGCUUUGCAACCGCCUCGACCGGCGCAUUUGGCGUCGUCAUGUCCAUCGCGAUCCUAGCCGGCAUCCCCGCGUGGGCGAACGUAUGGCAGCGCCUCGCGGAGCACGACAACAUCGACUGGGGCACGAGCAAGGAGCAGGGGCUCAGCGCCGCCUUCGGCAUCCUCCUCUGCUUGGGCAUGGGCCUCGGACUUCCUGCUCAAGCGCAAAAAUGGGACGGCUAUCUCGCCAGUUACGCCGCAAACCUGCCUAACCAGGCCGGUCGCGCGGGGACGUUCCAGCCUCUGCAGUCGGCAUGGGACCGCAUGUUGCAUGGUAGGCGGACUCCGGGCGAGAAAGAGGUCAUCUUCCCGGAUGAGGGCUUCCAGGAUACGAAGUACUCCGCUCUCUCGACACCGACGUCGCCAACGAAGCUGUCGAAGCACGCACUUCUCUCUCAACACCAUACACUCCCGCCCCAGCCCCAGCAGUCGCAAUUCCGCCUCAGCCCCGAAUGCCUUAAGAAGCCCCGUUCGCAGCCCAAGCUGCGCGGCUUCGGCCGCAAGCCGCGCGAGGCGGUCAAGUUCAGGCCCUUCGGGAAGGACAUCUCGGACUCCGACGAGGAGGGCGAUGUGCUGGAUACCCCGCCGCCGCCCGCGCGCCCGUGGCUGCAGUCGCGGCCCUCGUUCAGCUCCGCGCACACCGCGGCGACGCUCGUCGACGACCGCGAGCUCGACGCGGCGGCGGCGCGGGUGAGGAUCAGGAACAAGCUCGGCACGGACUCGCCGGUCUACUCUGACUAUGAGGAAGAUGUGACGAUGACAGCUCACGGCGGCAGCGAGGAGUGGAGACGUGCGUCGAGCGGGGGUGGGCGUACAUCCAGCGCCGCGGGGCAUACAUCGAGUUCAGGCGGUCAUUCCAGCGCGACGCUCACGUCGCCACUAGGCGCCGUGCCCGCAACCCCAUCCCUCAUCAAAGCCAUCGACCGCAUCCAACAAGCGCAGAAGGUCGCUUUCGCGCCCGACGGGAUGCCCAGAGUUUCGGAUGACGCUGGGAAGUUCUCGCCGGCGGCGCUGGGACCAGGAGCACCUCAGCGAGAACUCGUAACGCCACAGCAGGGGCUCGUAACGCCUCAGCAGGGGCUCGUAUCGCCACAGCAGGGGCUCGUAACACCACAGCAGGGGCUCGUAACACCCCAGAAGGACCACUGGGAUGGCUUCUGGAAGGACGUGCGCGAUCAAGCACGGUCAUGACCCUAUCACGAUCUUUCAAACGACCCUUUUUGACGACUACUUACGCUAACGACAAUUGAUGACGUGCUAUCUUAUUCGUACUUACUGAUCUACUUGUCUGGAUUGUUUGUUGUAGUUCUACUCAUUGGAUUCCACCUUACGACGUGGCGAUGGCCACAAUGGACGCAAUGGACACAAUUGCUGCGUGCUAUCUGCUGGCACCUGCGUCCCCUC